CGCUCCUUUAAAUAGUGCUUGAUUUACAAAAUGAAUUUCUUUUGUUCACCAUAAUCAAAAUGGUUGUAGAAAGUUCACACCUAGACUCAAUCAACAGCUAACUGAUGUCUAAACAAACCAAUUCAACAAACCGACUUUAAAGUAUAACUCAGUUUCAUACUGUUUCACUAGGCGUUUAACAAAAAAUAUUUGGCAGACCCUGCCACUCUCUCCUGGGGACCUUAUUCUCUGUCUGAGAACAGCUUGUUCAUUCAGUUCUGGAAACAUUAAACAUGUCUGUGUCUGUAUUAUUGCCUCACAUAUCACCUCAAAAUAUUUAAAGCGUUUGAAUUUCUUGUCCAAAAACUGCAUAAUGCCCCUUUUAAGGAGCUGCUGCUUUAAAUGCAAUAACUGAUGUUUUUUUUUAAUUUUUCGUGUAAAGUAUUUUUGAUUCAAUGGCACCGAGAAAAUGGCUUAAAGGGAGAGUUCAAACUUUGCACAGCUGCACGAGAACCCAAGUGUUUGACAGUCAAUCAAAUGUCCCCAUAUAAACGCGCAGAUCGCCUAAUUAACCGCUUUUUCAAGUCAAAUCUGUCAUGUCACUAAAAACAACAUCAAAAAUAUUCCAGAAAACUUCUGACGCAGGUGUGUCGUUUAUCUCACGCGCGCCUUAUCUCCAGCCUAUCACAGCCGACCUCUCCUUCAGGGCGGGGGCAGCCGUGGCGCGGUUAAAUAGACCCCCCUGGGCUUCGAGUGGAAUCCAUAUUCACCUUAUAUAUUUUUUUUCGUCUCGCCAAGCGAAAAAACAAACAAGAGUCACCAUGGUCGAGUGGACCGAGCAGGAGCGCACCACCAUCGCCAACAUCUUCGCCAACCUGAACUAUGAGGACGUCGGCCCCAAGGCUCUGUGCAGGUGUCUGAUCGUCUACCCCUGGACCCAGAGGUACUUCGGCGCCUUCGGCAACCUCUACAACGCCGAGGCCAUCCUGAGCAACCCGAACAUCGCGGCCCACGGCAUCACGGUGCUGCACGGACUGGACCGGGCCGUGAAGAACAUGGACAACAUCAAGGCCACCUACGCCGAGCUGAGCGUGCUGCACUCCGAGAAGCUGCACGUCGACCCCGACAACUUCAAACUGCUCUCUGACUGCCUGACCAUCGUCAUCGCUGCCAAGUUGGGCAAAGACUUCACCGCUGACACCCAGGCCACCUUCCAGAAGUUCCUGGCCGUGGUGGUGUCUGCUCUGGGAAGGCAGUACCACUAAAGCACCCGGACACACGAAGGAGCUCGCACCUCUGUUUUAAGUGUCUCCUCCAUAAGAAAAUAAAAAUAAAGGGCCACUGAAGCAAA